UUUUUUUUUCCCCCUUCCUUCUCUAUUUCUCUCCUGAUAGGGGAGAGAAAGGAGGUAUCAAGUUGGGGCUUCUUUGCUGUGAUCUAUAGCUGGUAGCUUUGGCUUUUUUUCUUUUCCUGCCUGGUAUGUAAGAUAGAACUCCUCUCAAAUGUGACUGCUCAGAGAUCCUCUGAAUCCUGCAUCAUAUGAGAUAUAACUUACAGACUAUUUCUCAGAGAGGUACAAAUUAGUAAAACUAGAUAUUUGUAGGUCUUAAGCUAUGAUUGAUGUGACUGUUGUUAAGCUGCAAUGUUAGUCAAAUGAGUUUGUGCUCUUGACCGUUAACUGCUCCACCUCUCUUGCCUUUCAGUUCUCGCUGACUCUGCUAUGUCUUCUGAGAAGCAAAUAAAUGAUUCUUCCCUAGAGAACCAGGAACAGGAGCAACAGAAUCUCUUGAGGCGGGUGGCCAGUCUGCCCUUGGUCAGCUCUGCCUAUGACAUGGCUGUAACUGCCUACACCUCCACCAAGGAGAGCCACCCCUACCUAAAGUCCUUGUGUGAUGUGGCAGAGAAAGGAGUGAAGACCAUUAGUGAGGCUGCAGCCAGCAGGGCACAGCCAAUUCUGACUUCAUUUGAACCACAGAUUGCAGCAGCAAAUGAAUAUGCUGUUAAGGGACUAGGCACACUGGAAGAAAAGCUGCCAAGCCUUCAAAUUACAGCAGAUAAGGCUGCUUCAGACACCAAGGAGCUGGUGCCAUCCAAAGUGGAAGCUGGCUGCAGAUUCUCCAGCUUAGUAGAUGUGACCAGAGAUGCUGUGCAAGAGAGUGUGGAGUCCACCAAGUCAGUUAUGACUCACAGUGUGAACACAGUCAUGGGCUCAAGAAUGGGCCAGAUGGCUGUGAGUGGUGUGGAAGCAGUGCUGGAGAAAUCAGAGGAGCUGAUAGAUCAAUAUCUCCCCAUAACAGAUGAGGAACUAGCUGAACUUGCAACAUCUAUAGAGGAGGAUGGAGUGGCUCCUCUCCAGCCUCAAAGUUACUUUGUGCACUUAGGCUCCCUGUCAAGCAAACUCCGCCACCGUGCCUACCAGCAUUCUCUAGCCAAGAUUAAAAAUACCAGGCAGAGUAUCCAAGAGACUCUCUCCCAGCUUCAUCAAUCCAUUGAUCUGAUUGAAUACAUGAAGCAAGGAGUGGAUCAGAAGCUUCAAGAUGGCCACGAGAAGCUCUACCAAAUGUGGCUGGACUGGAGCAAGAGGCAGACAGAAGGGAGUGAGGACACAGACUUGGUACAAGCUGAGCAACUGGAGUCUCAUGCUCUGACAAUGUUUCAGAGCAUUAUACAGCAGCUGCAGGCAACCUGCCUGACCCUAAUGUCAAGCAUCCAAGGCUUCCCCUCCAACAUCCAGGAUAAGGUGCAGCAGGUUCGCCACAGCACAAAAGAGCUCCAGGCAUCUUUCUCCACAGUCCACUCCUUCCAAGACCUCUCCAGCAGAAUCCUGACCCAGAGCCGCAAACAGAUCACCAAAGCCCAGGGCUACAUGGAUGAGCUGCUAGAGUACAUAGUGCACAACACUCCUCUGUCCUGGCUAGUGGGACCCUUCAUGCUGUCUGGUAAAAUUCCAGAAGAAGCCAUGGAACCAUCAGAAUGA